CAAGCUAAUAUUAUCCCUUAUAAGCUACGUAAUUAUCCCUCAUCUCAUCUCAUCUCUUCUCUAAACUUCAUUUUCAUCUUCCCUAAACCGCCAUCAAAUCUCCCACUUUCUCUCGCUUCCUAUUUUCUCACAUCGCCAAAUUCACCUGAAAAACCCUCCUUCCAAAGUUAUCGCGCUAAGAAUUUUGCAGCUAUCAAUUUGUUAGUCCAUCGCCAUCACUCUCCAAACCCCUCUUUCUGGCAGGAAACUUCUCGCUGUUCCAACCUAUCCCAAAUCCCCAAAUGUGAGAAAAAAGUGGAAAGCGGCAGAGACAUUUCGUCCAACACAUUGAGUGCGAGAAAUGCUAGGGGCCGUUCAGCUCGGACUGUUAGCGGCCUGCGUAGUUCUUUUUGUGCCGAUGGGUAUGGCGGGCUGGCAUUUGAGCCGCAACAAGAUGCUCUUCUUCAGCUGCGCCCUCUUCAUCACCCUCGCCGUCGGCGUGCAUCUGACGCCCUAUUUUCCUUCAAUCUCCGCUUUCCUCUCGCCAUCGGAGGUAAUUUCGACCCCAGCUUCUUUGUAUCGUGAUUCCUGCGUGCUUUUGCUUCAUAGAGUUGUGUAUAGCGAUGUUGGGGAAUGUGAUGAUAUUGGUGCCAAUUUUGAUGAUAACGAAAAUGGUUGUAAGAGGUCGUGGGAUUGGACUAAGAAUGGUGAGGUUGAUGAGUGUGAUUUUCAGAAGUUGAAGAAAUCCGAUGCGUCGGAUUUGUUGAAUGGAUCGUGGGUGGUUGUUGCCGGGGACUCACAGUCGAGGUUGAUGGUUGUUUCUUUGUUGGAGUUGGUUAUGGGAUCGGAGGGUGUGGAGAGGAUAAAAGGGGAUUUGUUCAAGAGGCACAGUGAUUACUCGGUGAUGGUGGAGGAGAUCGGGAUGAAGUUGGAUUUUGUUUGGGCUCCGUAUGUUGCGAAUUUGACUGAGUUGACGCUGAGGUAUAAGGGAAGUAAGGAUUUCCCUGAUAUCUUGAUGAUGGGGGCGGGCUUGUGGGAUAUGCUGCACGUGAACAAUGUGUCGGAGUUUGGUGUUUCAUUGCGCGUUUUGAGGGAUAGUGUGUUGACUCUUUUGCCAGUUUCUUCGAGUUUGGAUGCUGGUGGUGGAGUGGUGAGCGAGCCUAAACCCUCUCACUUGCUGCAUUUAUUUUGGGUUGGGAUGCCAACAUUGAUAACAUCGAUGUUGAACACUGCUGAGAAGAAGCAAAGGAUGACUGCUGCAAUGUGCAGUUCUUAUGAUAAAGAGCUUACUGGAAGCAAGCUCUUGCGCCAAUCUGGCGGCCCCCUUUUAAAACUCGACAUUGGUUUGUUAAGCGACUUUUGUGGCCUUCGUUGUACAUCUGAUGGAAUGCAUUAUGACGAAGUUGUCUAUGAUGCUGCCCUUCAAAUAAUGUUGAACGCGUUGCUCAUUGAGUCUAAUCAAAAACCCCAGUGAUGAUGUGUUUUCUGUUGGAUCAUCAAAAGAUUGAUUGUCAUGGAGGGAUAUAGAGUUAUUUAGAGAUUGCCAAUAUUUUUUGUAUUCUUGAGGUUGGCCAUAUCUCGCGUUGCAGUUUUGUUAGUUUCUCAGGAGAUUCUCUUAUUGACUUUUGCCACAUUGAUCAAGUCCUGACAUCAAUUCAGUUGCUGAAGUUUUAUUAUGAUUGUAGUAUAGGUGGAGGCGGUUUUUCUUUCACUUCUUUGUGUGCUAGACUGAUGUGCAAAAUAUGUGUUGUUAGUUAGAGAAACUACUAUGCCUCACAUCUAAUUUUGAUGUGGAAGUACAGAAUGUUGUAAUAGUUCAUAAGCACAUGCUUUCAACCCUAUACAGGUUAGUCAAGAUUUUCUUUCUAAUUUUUUAAA